UUCUCGCUAGACUGAUAAUCCUAACCUGCGACGACUUCUUCCAAGCGGAAUUCAGGGAGAAUAUAUUGAUCUGGUCAAAGCACAAAAGUGGAAACAUAUUUCAACGAUAUGCAGAUAUAUAAUGAAGAUGGACAAACCAUUAAACAAGGUGAAACAAGGCUCAUGUAACCUCACGGAAAGAUUGAAAGCGUAAAUCCACUACCCAGUGGAAUAUUGUAACAACAAAAUCUUUCCUCCUAAGUAAAAAAGUAUUCAAGAAAUUUUACGUGAGGAUACGAUGGACAGCGAACACUGCAUGCAUUUUGUUGAGCGUAAGAAGCGAUUUUGCCGCAUGACAGUGCGGAAAGGUCAUCAGUACUGCGGCGAGCAUCAACGGGACAUCGCCGGCUCGGACGCCGGGAACGAGAGAGUGCCAUGUCCGCUGGAUCCAACACAUACAUGCUACAGAUCCAAGUUGACGAAGCACUUGGGCGUAUGCAACGUCAAGCGGAGGCUGGACGCGCAACCGGCGUUCCUGGUUGAAGGAACAAACUUGGAUGACGAGACUAUCGCGGCGCCGCCGCGCGUACCACUGUCACAGCUCGAUGAAGCCAUCAUAAGAAUGGUGAUAAGGAAGAUUCAUGCUGCCUAUGAUGAGCUACCAGAAUUUUCCCGAACGAUUCUAAGACACAACGUGCUUGAAGACAAAUUAAAUGAUGAAACCUGCGGCAGUAAAGUUAGGAAGCACUUGCUCCAAAAUGCAUCUCUGCUGGGGCAUCUGGAGCAAGCUGGUCUUGUGCAAGACGAUACUUGUUUCAUUGAAUUUGGAGCUGGAAAAGCUCAGUUAACAUAUUGGUUGGGGCAGAUUAUAAAGGACAAGUCAAACUCUUGUAUCUUACUAAUCGAUCGUUCUAGUCAUCGGCACAAAAGCGACAAUAAACUUAAGAGAGAGGAAAGUCGCCUCACAGUGAAAAGGAUACGCGCCGACAUUGCUGAUCUGCAGUUGAAUCAAAUCUCGGAGAUCCGGUCGAUUAAAUACAAGGUCGGCAUAGCAAAGCAUCUCUGCGGAACAGCCACUGACUUGGCGAUACGUUGUUUAGUAAAGUCGAUGAACAGCGAACCCAAGGUUGACGUACGCGGUCUAAUCCUCGCGUUUUGUUGCCAUCAUAAAUGCGAGUACUCGUCGUACGUGGGCAGAAAGUACUUGCAACAAUGUGGCUUUACCGCGGACGAGUUUCCUGUUCUAUGCAGCAUAGUCAGUUGGGCGACUUGUGGCUGUCGUUUAAAGAGCAACGUUAACUCGCCAAGUGAUGCCACGUCAGAGACUGCUAGCAGAUCCUCGAAAUCAGACGAACGUGAAGUUAUCGGGCGCAAAGCUAAAACACUGCUGAAUUGGGGUCGUUUGGUCUUUUUGGAGAACGUUGGAUUGAAGGCUGAGCUGCUUUACUACAUUUCCACCGAUGUCUCGUUAGAAAAUAUGUGCAUUGUGGCUACUCAAGAACGUUCGUCGUGACUGGAACAUGUUGAAUUUACUGUUAAUUUGUACGUUGUCUUGAAAAUUAUUCUCA